AUGACGCACUCGUUCCAGGAGUAUCAAUUGAUUGACAAUUUACGUCAUUAUGUAGCCCCAACAUACUCAGCUAACAAACUAUCGGUAUGGCAUCGUGUUCCUGUAUCACGAAGGUCAGCUGUUUUUGUCCUUUUAUUUCUCGGAAAAAUGGGGGAAUUAAGAGUUUUGUUAACUAAGAGAUCAUCGAAAUUGAGAAAUUUCCCUGGUCAUGUUGCAUUGCCUGGUGGUAAAGCAGACAACGGUCUUGAAUCAGAAUGGACUGUAAGUAGAAGGGAAAUGCACGAAGAAACAGGUUUAAGCUCAGAUGACGAAGCCUUAAAGCUUUUGGGGGUCUCUAUUGAACACAUCACACUCAUGCCUAGCUAUUUAUCAAGAACAUUUUCCUGUGUUCGUCCAUGCGUCGGGUUUAUGAAAUUUGAUACCACCAUAAACCAUUCUCACGUAGAAGAUAUCGAAGAAACUAUUAUUUCAAGGCUUAAUAUAUCCUUAAAUCCCGGCGAAAGCUCAUCGAUCUUCUCAUGUCCCUUGAAAGACUUUUUGUAUCCUACACCAUGUGAGAAAUCUUCGACGACUCCUUCGCCUGCGUUAGAAGCUUUGGAACGUGUUUCAUAUAGGAUCAAGUGGGGCGGAAUACCAUGGCAUUUGAGGUCAUAUAUUUUCCUCCAAAAUAAUACCCACGAAGUUGACUGGCUAAAACAUAUUAAAGAUUUGUCGGCACUGGAAGAUGAUGAAAUAGGCAAUGAAUUGGAUUCGGAAGAUAAGGAAUCAGUGACUCCGCCACCAUAUAGAUCCAAGUCGCCCGUCACUCCAACAGAAUCUACAUCCAACAAAGCACUGAAUACAAAAGCAAGUAGAAAGAAAAAAUUAUCGCUGUGGGGGAGAUUGGGAUCACGAAAACUAGAAGACACGAAUGAAAAAAUAUAUGACGUUUGGGGUCUCACGGCUAACAUUCUACAUGAUUUGAGUGAAAUAGUUUACUUGAAAGGUAACAAGAAUAAGGAGCACGUUUAUGGUGAAGAGGAGAUGAUUUAUUGUCUACAUGAUUUCGGCCACUUGAUGCGUCAUAAAGAAAGAAGUGAGGAGGAAGUCAAGUUGAUCCACUCAACUAGUGUUGGCGACGAUGAAAAUGAAUUUGGAUUUCAUAUGAUAUUACCUCCAGAGGAUUUCAAGAGGUUGAACAAGUUGUAUAAACUUUGA